CACCUCGUAGAUCUUGUCAGAUGAUUUUACAUUUAGUUAACAUUUAAUAUCGUUUAUAUUAUAUUGCUUUCACUUGAAUACCUAAAUACCCAAAGUUCAAGCUUCAAGUGUUUAACCCUUCAUAAUGCCAGGUCGUACUCAGCCUUUGUCGGAUUGCAACGAGAGAUCUUCAGAUCAUUAUGACCUACUCCAUAACUAUUCCGUCUCGAGAAACGGAUUCCUUCCGGAGCGCGAACCCCUAAGCCGUCUACCACACCAUUAUUAUACCCCGUGGGAGUCUAUACUAGAUGAUCUCCCAUCAAUGCUAAACAGCAAGUCGAUCCGAAAGGCUGUAAAUUUCAUAGGGGUGCUUUCGACGAGCAAACUACACACAGAAGAAGAAUGGCAGCGAGCUUAUGUAGUAUUAUCAUUCUUGGCGCAUGGAUACAUCUGGGGCGGCGAGAAGGCAUCAGAGGUACUUCCUCCGGCGAUAUCAGUACCGUUUCUUCAAGUUUCGGAGCACCUCCGCCUUCCGCCGGUCGCGACGUACGCUGCUCUUAACCUAUGGAACUUUACCUGUAGUGGACCCGACUUUCGAGAUCUUGACAAGCUAAAAGCCUUGCAUACAUUCAGCGGCACAGAGGACGAGUCGUGGUUCUACUCGGUGUCAGUAGCAAUGGAAGCGGAAGGCGCCUAUAUAAUUCCGACCAUGCUCCAAGCACUCGAAGCGACCCAACAUCGAGAUUACUCGACAAUAAUCAGGGCAUUAGACCAGCUGAAGAUCUGUAUCGGGAGACUUGGCAGACUACUCGAUCGGAUGGACGAGAGAUGUGACCCAAUGGUCUUUUACCACCAGAUUCGUCCGUAUCUAGCUGGAAGUAAGAACAUGGCUACUUCAGGCCUUCCUAAUGGUGUCUUAUACGAAGACGGGAACGGAGUACUCUGUUGGAAGCAGCUGAGAGGUGGCAGCAAUGGACAAAGCUCGCUUAUUCAAUUCCUCGACAUUGUCCUUGGAGUUGAACAUACUUCAUCCGGGGGUAGUGCGCGUACAAAUGCGGCAUUGACUUCGGGGACGAGCGAAGCCGUACCAAGUUUCCACGAAGAAGUUCGCUCCUAUAUGCCAGCACCGCACAGGGCGUUUUUAGAACACGUCUCGCAAAUGGGCAGUAUAAAGGAGCUCGCGAGCAAGCAAGGUGGCUCGGACAAACAAGAACAUAUGAAGCGAUCUUUUCAAGCUGCUACCAAAGCUCUUGGGGACUUUCGCAAUAGACAUAUGCAAAUCGUGACGCGAUACAUUAUUGUGCCUUCGAGAAAACAGAUCCAAGGUCGGGUGGUGAAUCUAGCUACAGCAUCAUCGCGAUCGAACGAGGGCUCAGAAAGGCAAUUGACUGGGACUGGGGGAACGGCAUUGAUACCAUUUCUAAAACAGACACGUGAUGAAACGUAUCUGGCGGGAAUUAUGACACCGAAGACGUGAAUACGGGUAGAAUUAUGUGCUUAGGUACCGCUUAUGUUCGUAGACCAAAGAUAAGCUGUACCAAAAAUGCGGAUGAGGUGGUGCAGUAUGGAAGCUCGGAUAUCAAAGGCGGGCGGUUUGUGAAGUGGGAAGAAGUAGAAAGAUCCACAGGGGCCAUUGCCCGUA